AGUCACAUUGUGGUCGAAGCACCAUGAGGCGUUACAAUACUUUAGCACAAUUAUUAGCUAAACAUGAAGUGACGUUGUAGAUUCAAACAAAAGUCAGAAUUGUGAAAUCAAAAACAUCGUUUUGCCUGGAAUCCCAAAAAAUGGCGUCUGCCAGUAAUACACAAUCCUUGUUCAAUGUUUUCGUCUACGGCAGUCUUUUAGCUGACGACGUCGUUCGUGCUCUCCUCAAACGGGUCCCACCUUCUUCACCUGCGAUUCUCCACAACUUCCAUAGGUUUAGCAUCAAAGGGUGUGUUUAUCCGGCCAUUCUACCUGUAGAAAACAAGAAAGUUAAUGGCAAGGUUCUUUCAGGCAUCACUGUUCCGGAAUUGGAUAUCUUGGAUAAAUUUGAGGACGUUGAGUAUGAAAGGAAAACUGUUGAUGUUUCCCUGAUGGACAGUUCCGAUACAUUAAUGGUUGAAGCAUAUAUUUGGGCUGACCAGAGUGACCCAAAUUUGUUUGGGGAAUGGGACUUUGAGGAAUGGGAACGAUUGCACAAGCAAAACUUCAUGAAAAUGACAAUGGAGUUUCUGGAAGAACUGGAGCAACCUAACCAAAGUGGCAGCAUAUAAAUCCUACUAUAGGCGAUGGAGUUGCUUCAACAUGUAAUUCAGUUUGGGCUGCAUAAGUACUGUUACUUUAUUACUUCUGUUGGCAGUGGUUUCCCUUGCCUUUUCCUUCUGGGACAGGAAGUGACAGCAAUUAAUCUUGUGAAAAUUUCAGUCAGUAUACACAGAAAUUUCAAACAAAAUUGGUGUUAUUUGUGCUUGUACAGUCUAUAAUAAACAUGUGACUGAUCACAUUUACCAUUUCUUUUCUUCUAAA